UUUAACCAUUCACUGAUAAGAAUACACAAAGAUAAGAUUAAUAAUACAGCUACGUGUUUCAGACAUGGUGCUUUUAAUCAUUUCUAUAUUUAUUUUGCUCUGUAACGUAGCAUCGGGAGACAAAAUAUAUGAAAAACAACUGGAAGCUCGCCUCUCUAAAACCGAAGCUGAUAUUAGAGAUCUUCGAUCUGGUCUGGAGCUCCUAAAACAGCAAAACAAACAACUAAUAGCCGAGCUUAAAUCUCUUAAUACAAAAGAAAAACGUCUUCUUUUGUCAACGCCAUCUCAUCAACAGUAUGUAGUGUUUACAGCCAAGCUCAAUAAACAGUACAACUCCCUGAAUGACAGAGAAACUGUCAUAUUUGACAGUAUCGUUACCAACGCUGGACAAGGCUAUGACGAAAACACGGGGAUAUUCGUCUGUCCAAUCAGCGGUUACUAUCAAUUCGCAGCUACUAUAGUGUCAGAAAGCGGAACAGAUAAGAACUUGGACGCAGAACUAAUGCACAACGGGCGACAAAUCGUGCGACUGCAUGCUACUGUGUAUGGAUAUGACGAGGGAACACAAGUCGUAAAUAUACACUGCGCUCAAGGAGAAAGAGUUUGGAUCCGCCAUUUAAUGGGAGUUGGUGAUUCUGCCAUAAUGCCGGCUGGAUUCAGCACAUUCUCUGGAGCACUGCUGCAUGCUGACCAUUAAUGGCAUAAAUUUGAUCAUAACAUUUUUUACAAUAAAAAAUGAAAGGAUUAUUGUUAA